AGGGUCAGGAACAAACAGGCUUCAAAGCUGAGGGCUUGGCUGGCAAACAAGAGCCAGUUUCUUCACUUCUGGCCUCCUCUCCCCACUGGCACAUAUAAGACUCUGGCCACACUUGGGAGACGAGGGAAGGAAGACACCUAUAGCAAGAUGGAUGUUGGCAGCAAAGAGGUCUUGAUGGAGAGCCCACCGGACUACUCAGCAGCCCCACGGGGCCGAUUCAGCAUCCCCUGCUGCCCUGCGCAGCUCAAACGCCUUCUCAUCAUAGUUGUGGUCGUGGUCCUUGUCGUCGUGGUGAUUGUAGGGGCCCUGCUCAUGGGUCUUCACAUGAGCCAGAAACAUACCGAGAUGGUCCUAGAGAUGAGCAUGGGGGGACCAGAAGCCCAGCGACGCAUGGCCCUGACUGAGCAUGCGGGUACCACUGCCACCUUCUCCAUUGGCUCCACUGGCAUCGUAGUGUAUGACUACCAGCGGCUCCUGAUUGCUUACAAGUCAGCCCCUGGAACCUGUUGCUACAUCAUGAAGAUGGCUCCAGAGGGCAUCCCCAGUCUUGAGGCUCUCAUUAGAAAAUUCCAGAAUUUCCAGGUGGUUUCCAGACACCAAAUCAGGUGCUCUUUCCAGGCCAAGCCUGCAGUGCCUACCUCUAAGCUGGGCCAGGAAGAAAGGCGCAGCGCAGGCUCAGCAUCCUCUGGAGACCUGGCCUUUCUGGGCACCACCAUGAGCACCCUGUGUGGUGAGGUGCCUCUCUAUUACAUCUAG